UUGAAAAUCGAUGCACUCAAACUUGAACAGUUGAUGAUUCUUUGGCGGAAUAUGCGCCUGAAACGACUGGCUAACUGUCGAUGGUACGAGUGUCGUGACCGACGAUUCACUGAAGAAUGUCGCAGGCAACGGGAAUCUCUCCGUUACGGCAAAUCGUCACUUCAAGAAAUGCUCGCUGAACAAUGUCGAUUGGUACAUCUGACAGCUGCACGAUGCCUGUUCGCUUGUCGAUUCAAUGUUCCAUAG